UGUCGAAAAACGAUCUGAAUGAAAUGCGGCACUACUGAGCAAUACCUGAUGGUGUGUAGUUGUUGAUGAAAGAGAAACUGUCACAUCAGGCAUUUACCCAGUAAGUGCACAGCAAGUCACUCUCUUUCGGUGUAAUAUUAGUUACCCCACUUUGACGCCUUUUUCUACUAAAACACGUCUUUAAACUGGGAAAGCCAAGGAAUAACUGGGGUAUUUGUUUACCCCGGUGAGAGCAGGAACUAACCGCAGUGUGUUGCAGCGGGUUUGUCCAGUGAGCCUGCCUCCCUCUCCUCUCCCCCCCUCCAAAAAAAGAAAAUAUAUAUACAAAAAGCGAUGCUGGUCACCGUUUUCUGCGCGCCGAGGGAUCGCCCAGAAACCACCUUCGCCCUCGAUGUGUCCCCGGAGCUGGAGCUGAGAGACUUUGUCGCACUUUGUGAACUGGAAUCAGGAAUCCCAGCCGGAGAGAUCGAGAUCACAUAUGUAGAACAGCCCCUAAAAGACCCCACUCGUGCCUUGGGGACCUACGGUGUUAAGGAUGGAGAUGUGGUGGUUCUCAGGCAAGCUGACAGAAGGCCACCACCAACUCAGCCAGCCUUCCCAGGUCUGCCCCAUAUUGACUUUCGUUCCAUCACAGUCCCCGGCACCUCUUCUUCAACCAGUCAUCGUGGCGCCAUAAGGCCGCAGCCGCAGGCUUCACAGCCGCCACCGCCGCCGCAGCAGCAGCCACAGCAGCCGCCGCCGCCACCAGAGCAGCAGCCGCAACAGCGCGCCGCACAACCUUCUUCGCCGAUGGCCUUUCGCGGCUCCUCUCCCCAGGGGCUGGAUGACCCUGCCUUACUCCAGCAGAUGCUAUUAUCCAAUCCACAUGAGCUUUCUCUCCUCAAGGAGCGAAAUCCGCCACUUGCUGAGGCCCUGCUGAGCGGAGACUUGGAGCGUUUCACCAAAGUGCUGCUGGAGCAACAGCAGGAUCGAGCUAAGAGAGAACAAGAGAGAAUCAGACUUCUGACUGCUGAUCCUUUUGAUUUGGAGGCUCAAGCAAAGAUUGAGGAGGACAUCAGGCAGCACAAUGUGGAAGAAAACAUGACAAUUGCAAUGGAGGAGGCCCCAGAAAGCUUUGGACAGGUGGUUAUGCUCUACAUUAACUGCAAAGUCAAUGGGCACCCUGUGAAAGCUUUUGUUGACUCAGGAGCCCAGAUGACCAUCAUGAGCCAAGCUUGUGCUGAGCGCUGCAACAUUAUGCGACUGGUGGACCGUCGCUGGGCCGGCAUCGCCAAGGGAGUGGGCACACAGAAGAUCAUUGGCAGAGUUCAUUUGGCUCAGGUCCAGAUAGAGGGGGACUUCCUUCCUUGUUCUUUCUCCAUCUUGGAGGACCAGCCAAUGGACAUGCUACUUGGCCUGGAUAUGCUGAAGAGACACCAGUGUUCGAUCGACCUGAAGAAGAGCCUGCUUCUAAUAGGCACUACAGGCACCGAAACCCGCUUCCUGUCUGAGGCGGAGCUGCCAGAGUGUGCCCGACUGGCAUAUGGAGCAGAGGGUCGUGAAGACGCCCGUCCAGAUGAGAUAGCUGACAGAGAAUUGGCAGAGGCGCUUCAGAGGUCCAUACAGGAAAGUGACACUGCAGAUGGACAAACUACCUCACGGCAGCCCCCACCAUUUACAUUACCCAGAACCUUAGACCAAAUGUCCUCAUCCACCUCCCCUUCCCAAAGCCCUUCCUCUGGUCAGCCCCAGACCCUGGAUCGCUCUCAGUCUGCCCCGGCCGCCAUGGAGCAGGCCUCAGCACCAGGGGUCUGCGAGAACCAACCUGGCCUCCAGGAGCUUCCUCUGCCUUCGUCCCUAGCAGAGGAUGCUGGUUCUACACCUCACCAGGUCCACCCUCACCCUCUGCCUGUCCACGUAAACUCCAAAGUGCCCCCUGUGCCCAGUCCUUCAACAGACGUCCAUCGCACAUGUACCCCUCCAGCAGACGUGACUGCGGUACCCCAGUAUCCGGGAGGCGAGCUACAGCCUGGAGCCGCAGAGGGAGCCGCAGAGGGAGACGCUGAAUCCGACGAGGUGGUGAACAGCUCCACGCUCCCCCAUCCAGAAGAACUUUCACCCGUUCAACCCAUGGAGCAGGAGGCAACUGAGUCCGACGCAGCUGAGGCCCCUGAAGCCUGUCCGAGUGCUCCGAGGCAAUCCGACUCGGUUGAGAUGGAGUCCCCCGCUGCCUCCCAGGGCGCCGUGUCCCCUGAGAGGGACCAGCCCGAAGGAGAGCACUGCUCCAGCUCCGACAGCAUCCCCUCGCUGGCGGCCGCUCUGAUGGAGCUUCAUGAGCUGCUGGUGUCCAACAACCAGGCUCAGUCCCAAAACCGCAGCACCUCCUGCUCCCCCUCACAUCCAUUCAAACAGGAAACGGACGAAGUGGCCCCCGAGCCGUGCCCCCCGACACCCGAAAACCCCCAGCCGAUCCCUUUUACUGCCAUCACAGUCGGUGCAGAACCAAGCGAUGCCAAAGCCAACCAUGCUGCUGCUGUGUCGGAUGAGGGACCAUCAAAGUGUCUUGUGCCUGACACCUCUGGCCAGGAUGAGCAUCUGGGCGGAGAAACAGCAGAAACUGUGGAGGGACAAGGACCACCACAGCGUCCAGACAACUCCGGGGAGAAGAGGGCAGAUCGAUGUGGGCAAGAUGAAGCCAGUAACAUCAGUUUUUUGCAGCCUGAGCCAGAGGUUCCUCCUGAUCCUGCAGAGGAUCUGGAGUUCAGGGAACCUCCCGAGGGGCAGCAGGGGAGGGGGGUUGCAGACGGACGAGCCUCUGGCACCAACACCCCAGACACUCUUGGCCUCCAGACUGAGCACACAUUUCUCAGCCCUCUGUCUAUGGCAGUGGGCUCACCCGACGACGUCUCCAGCACCUCGUCCCCCUCUUCCCCUCCUCUUGCUCAGGCUCCCCAGCUUACGUCUCCAGCCCCUCUUCUCCCUUCUCCGCAUCCCUUUAUAGAACAAUUUCCAGCUGAGCACAUCCAGAGAAUCCAGGCAGCAGGGUUUUCUGCCAUGGAGGCUGCAGAGGCACUGGAAAGAGCCCAUGGGGUUGUGGAGCUAGCUCUGCUGGCACUACUAGCCCGCAGUAUCACUGUGCCCACCUAGACUCAUAACUAGUCUUACAAGUCCCCCAGCCUCCCAACUUCGCAUCUGUCUUAUUUAUAACUUGUUACUGAUCCAGAUGUCUCAGUCCCUCUUUAGCAGGGAGCACGUAAAAACACAGGGAAACGCUGUCUCUUGGUUUGUCGUACAGAAUAUCCAAGAACAAACAGGACAACUGGUAAUACUUUUCUGGAUAUUGCAGAUAUGUGAGGUGUGUUUGCAUGCAGAUGUUUUGGGUGCCCACCCAUUUCAUUGGUUUUUAGAAAUUUGGUAUGGUAGAUUGAUUUUCUUCUUGUUUUUUCGUCCAACAUUGACACAUUAUUAAAUGCCCAAUGUAUGAUUCUUGAACCAUUAAACAUUUAUUAUAAUUUCCCCUUUGAUAUGUCAUGUGUGGAGCAUCAAUAAAAAUAAAAAAUAAACUCAAAAUGGAGUAGAGUUACUCCUACUCUCCAUCUCACAACAACUCUGUCUGGUGGGCUUUAGAGCAUUCAGCACAAAUAUGGAUAUUUGAAGUAAUUUGCUGAUAAACAAAGCAUCACGUUGAUUUUUAUGUUUGUACCCCCUUCAAUUUACAAAUCAGAACCCAAUGACAGAGAAGCUACAUUGUGGGAACUGCUGCAGUUAAGAAGGGUUGAUCUUUGUUGAUCAAGUUUACAGAUAGUUUCUCCAGAUAAGUGGAAACCCUUAUAUACAUGGCCUAUAUCACACUUAUAUCACACAAUAUCAAGCGAGCCACAACAUUGACGUACGAUCAUUGAUGGCAUUUUUUGGUUCAGUAUGUGUAUUACGGAAGGUAUCUUUUACUGUAUGUAUCAUUCACAGUUUGAGAGCCUUUCCAUGUGUAGAUUACAAAACUGUUUCCUGUUCAGAAAGUACUUUUAUUUUUUCUGUCAAAUCAUCAGUGUGUGUUCAUACCUUUUAAAAAGAAAAAAAAAAAAAACUUAUCCAUUUUCAUUUUGUAAUCUGAAUAUGGCCAUACGCGCCUGUCAAAUGUUUUGUCAGUACAUCAUAUAUCAAGUAUUUUAAUGGCUUUAUUUGAGUCAUAUACCAACAAUGUUCAGGCAGAUUGAAUUAUCUACUUUUAUCUUGUAUGAAAUUUUAAAUUGCAAAUAAAAUGGAACUAGUAUUUGUA